CAGCAGAUUGAAAUGGAUGAAGACCGCAUUGGGGAGAGGAAGGAGUCUCAGAACGGCUCCACUGGCCACAAAGUGGACUGUCAGGCUAAAGACAAGAAGCCUGUGAAGGCUACUGUGCUUCAAAAAGAUGUUGGCCUGUUGAGUGGCGUGUGCCUGAUUGUGGGGACAAUGAUUGGCUCGGGCAUCUUCAUUUCUCCUAAGGCUGUUCUGCUGUACUCGGGAGCUGUGGGACCCUGCCUCCUCAUCUGGGCUGCAUGUGGCGUGUUAUCCACUCUGGGAGCGCUGUGCUAUGCCGAGCUUGGCACCAUGAUCACCAAAUCAGGAGGAGAGUACCCGUAUUUAAUGGAGGCUUUUGGCUCCAUUGUAGCAUACCUUUACUCCUGGACCACCGUCAUGGUACUGAAGCCCUCCUCCUUUGCCAUCAUCACACUGAGCUUUGCAGAAUAUGCCUCCACUCCCUUCUACCCCGGCUGUACACCUCCCCUUCUCGUGACCAAGUGUCUGUCAGCAGCUGCUAUAUUGUUGAUCGUCAUCGUCAACUGUUUGAGUGUCAAGCUGGCAAGCUACGUACAAAACUUCUUCACUGCAGCCAAACUUGUCAUCAUUCUUGUUAUUGUGGGAGCAGGCAUUGUUAUGCUGGCACAAGGAAAAACAGAGACUUUCUCGAAUGCGUUCGAUGGCUCAUCGUCGUCUGUUGGAGCAAUUGGACUUGCAUUUUAUAAUGGGCUUUGGGCUUAUGAUGGAUGGAAUCAACUGAAUUUCAUCACAGAAGAGCUGAAAGACCCAUACAGGAACUUGCCACUGGCCAUCCUCAUUGGGAUCCCCCUGGUCUCUGUGUGCUAUGUGAUGGUCAACAUUGCUUACUUCACUGUUAUGACCACCACUGAACUGCUGCUGUCUCCAGCUGUUGCCGUGACUUUUGCAGACAGAGUCCUUUACCCUCUGUCGUGGAUUGUUCCUCUCUUUGUUGUCUUGUCUACAUUCGGCUCCGCCAAUGGAAGCUGCUUCACCGCUGGCAGACUGGCCUAUGUGUCCGGUCGAGGGGGUCACAUGGUGAAAAUCUUGUCCUAUAUUAGUCUGAAGCGCUACACUCCAUCCCCUGCUCUCAUAUUCAAUGGUAUGUUGGCUAUUUGCUACAUCAUCCCAGCAGACAUCAACACCCUCAUUAACUACUUCAGCUUUGCUCAGUGGGUGUUUUAUGGUCUGACAGCGCUGGCUCUCAUUGUCAUGCGCUUCACCAGGAAGGAGCUCCAUAGACCGGUAAAGGUACCGAUUGUCAUACCAGGUCUAAUGGUCCUGGUGUCCUGUUACCUAGUCCUGGCUCCCAUCAUUGAUAAGCCAGACCUGGAGUAUCUCUACUGCACCAUCUUCAUCUUCAGUGGACUUCUCCUCUACUACCCUUUUGUCUACAGGAAGGUCAAGUGGGCACGCAAACUCAUGAGACCCAUCACCAUGCAUCUCCAGCUGCUGAUGGAAGUAGUUCCUCCUGAGAAAACUGAAUGA